UUAUUUGAAAAGAAAAAAUGGCGAACACGAACAGUUAAUUCGUUGACAAAGUUUAUUGUAGUGAAAGCUGUGACGAAUUAAUUUUAAAUAAGUAUAUUAGAAAGUUAAAGUGACAUUAUUUACAUUUUAUUUAUUAAGAAAUUAGAGUAUAAUAUGAUAGAAAAGUUAACGAUUAUUUUAGCGUAAAAUAUACGGACAGGUUUGGAACGGCAAUUUACGAAUGUUGAUUUUAUGGGGAAAAUUACAUGAAAAGAAUUAUUUUCAUUAUUUUAAAUAACUAUGAUGUUGUGAUUAUAAAAUGGAUGAGGUGAAAAAAGAAACUGUGGACCUUUCGAGGCGUGGGUUGAAGAAAAUAGAGAAAGCGCCUGCGGAGGAAUCUAAGACGAUUAUUAAUUUAAUUCUAGACCAAAAUGAGCUGCAACGACUCGAUAAUAUCGACACAUACAGUCGUGUCGAAAAUUUAUCAAUAUGCAACAACUUCCUACUGCGAAUGCAUGGUGUCUCCCGGCUGACCAACAUCCGUAUCUUGGCUCUGAACAACAAUGGCAUUUUACAAAUUGAAGGACUGAAGGACCUCAUUUAUCUCAAAGUUCUAAAACUUGCAGGUAACAACAUAAAAUCAAUAGAACACUUGAACCAUAACAUGCAUUUGGAACACCUGGAUCUCUCCAACAACCAGAUAUCUUUCAUAGCUGAUAUAUCGUAUUUGAAGAGCUUGAAGCACUUAAACCUGGAAAGGAACCGAAUAUCAGACCUCAGACAGUGUGACCGGUACCUACCCACUCACUUGGAGCAUCUGGGGCUCGGUCACAACAGCAUCCAGGAUUUGAAUGAGAUCAGUCACUUGGUACAUCUGAACAAACUGGACAGCUUCUCGAUACAAGGAAACCCGUGUGUGGCGAUGGCUGGCAAGGACAAAUUAGGAUUUGAUUACCGGCCGUUUGUUUUGAACUGGAUAAUGAGUGUCAAAUCUAUCGACGGCUUCGUUGUCAGUGCUAUAGAAAGUUUAAAAGCAGAAUGGCUGUAUAGUCAAGGUAAGGGGCGGCACUACCACGCGGGACAACAUCAAGAGCUGUGCGAGUACUUAGCGUCUACGUGCCCUCUCACAGCCGACGCACUCGAGACCGAAGAUCAGAGGAAGUUACGCCUUAUCCUCAGUAAGGCUCAACAUCAUCAGCAACAAUUGAAAGACCAGAACCACAGUCCGUUGAAGCCAAAGUUGCAGUCGCCAAGAAUGCAAUCGCGUAUAUCCACUCCGCGUCACAUGGGCCGGUCCCCCGACCGCCUCACGUCGAGCUACCACUCGGCGCUCUCCAAGACUUCGUCGCCGUCCCACCAGAUGACGUCAUCGCUCAUGACGUCAUCGCUGUGCGGGGACCUGCAAGCGAUCCCCACUGCAAUGAGCCAGAGCUUCGACUCGCCCGGACUUAUGUACGCCACGGAGAAGCGUGACGUCAGGGAGAAGGAAAAGGAAAAGGUUCAAGAGAUACCACAGCCAAAACCAGUAAACCAUUCACUAGAAGCCGCUUCGAAAAUGGUGCCCGUACCUGAAUCGCUCAUGAGCCCCGACUACCAAGACCCCAUAUAUGAUAUCCAAAGAUCCAUACCAAAGCCCACGAACAACUCAGUACAUAGCGUGUCCAACACAUCGUCACAAUCCAGCAACAGCAGCAUUCACGAAGACAAACCGCGAACAGCGAAAAACAUGAAAGGCUCCCCUAAACUACCAAAGAGCGCUACUUCGUCGCCCAAACUAAAAACAAGGAUGGAACAAAGAAAAGGCAGCUUAUCCAAACUCGAUGUCAAGAAUGAUGAUAAGAAACUCAACGGUGUGACAAAUGAUUCGGAUCAAUUGGGUCCGGAUAUUAUGAAGCUGGCUUCUAAUCAGAGACGGCAGAAGAAAAUGAGUGUUGAAUCGAUGGCUGCUGUCACUAUACAGAAGAUGUGGCGCGGGUAUAGGAGUAGAAAUCUCAAUAAGGACACGCUAAGGAUUCUGCAUGCUAUACAAGCGGCGAGGGCGAGGCAGCAUAUACAGAGGUUAACUUGCGACAUGGAGGCUACGAAGGCUGCGUUAGAGUCUGAGCGCAAAAUACAACAACUGCAAAUGCAAGCCAUUAAUGCGCUAUGGAAGAAAGUCUCCACACUACAGGCUGCUGACACUCAGAAGCAAAGAUUAUCGGAGUCUGAUGACAACUCGGAUGCGUUGCGACAACUGUCGGAAACCUGUUUCAGCUUACAAGCUCAGGUAGCAGAGCUACAGGGGUGUAUGCAAGAGGUGCUGAAGGCAGUAUCGAGUAAGAGUCACGCGGAACCCGUCGCCACGCAAACUGAUAUUACGGCUAUUAUCACUCCGCAGGAGGAGCGCUGCACGUGGCUGCGGCGGCCGCAGUCGCUGCCGCUGGCGCCCGCGCACAGGGAACACACUGAAAAUGCAAACGAAACGGCUGCUCUGGGUAUAGAGCGGACCGAGUCCGUUAUUGAAGAGCAGUCUACGGAAACAAUCGAAGUGGAGGUUGAUUCGAGGGAUCGUGACGUUAUCGUUGAUUGAUAAGUGACCAUUAUGUUCAUAGGACAUUAUUUGAUGGCCAAUAUUGUUCGGGCUCGCUCGGUUCUCUCACGGCGAAGUUAAUCCAAUAUAUUUUGAAAAAAAGUUAUCUAAAAUGGUUUGACAAUUUGAUAGUAAAAGCACUAAAGUCCGUGAUUUCCUAAGGUAAGUACUUUGCUGAUAAGAUAACCUUUGUGUUUUUAACUUUUAGUUUCUUCAUCAUGGGAGAACCGCCAAAGAUAACUUUUCUAAAGAGAUAGUAUACGCAAGUAAUACACAAACGUCUUUUUUCACAAAAAAACAAACCUCUAUGUAGCUAGUUUAAGUUUUGUCGAUAUAUCCUGAAAAUGUUUUUAUAAUACGUGAUGUAAGUUUGACAUUGAUAUUCCAGUCCAUAAAUAUUGAAAUAAAUAAUUCAUCUUUCUCGUAAUUAUAAGAUACAUAAUGACAUUUUGACAAUGGCACUAUAAAGGGUUCAUAAUUUAUUAUAAUGUAUAAAAUAGUAGAAUUCUGUAGUAUGACGCGCAGCUAAAGAACCAAAGAUAAAACAACAUUAAAAUGUAAUUUUAUUCACUUCAUAAAAAGAGGUUUGUCUUUAUUUAAAAAUACCAAUAUACUAUCUCUUUAAAUGAACAAUUUAUUUUGGUUAUCUUUUAGAGAAGUGUACCUGUAAGUGUAAUCUUAAAGAAUCUUAGACUAAAGCUAAGGUUCAUAUUCGUGGUACGCUAAAGCAAAGCUUGGUUUGUGGGCUUGUUUAAUAGAAGUAAGAAGAAAAUGUAAUUUAAAAUUUAAAUCAUGGCUAAGUUAAAUAGUAAAAGGCAUCUCAAAAUGCAGCUUUAAAAGUUCUCUUUAUUAAUUAUUAUUUUAGCACUUUUUUAUCGCAGUUGCCUGCAAAGUUUCUAAUAUAAAAUAUUGAAUAAGUACUAACUUUUCUCCCAUCAAAAUCCAUUAGACACUGCACGAUUUUUCUUGCCUGUUUUAUAACUUGCCACGAAAGGGAAAGUUUAACAAAACAAGAACAAUUCCCUUAAGAUCGUUGGAUUUGUUGAUGUGAAAAAAAUAUUCGUCUGUGACAUACCAAAGAAUGUGAUAACAUUAUAAAAGACAACAAAGAAAAAAAACACACCGAAUUAAAUGCAAUAAUACUAUUCAUAUAAAGAAAAUUACACUAAAAUUAUUUUAAAUGUAUCACAAAGAAACUAAUUAGACUGGUUGGAAUAUAAAAAAUAUAAUUUCAUUUACAAUAAAAUUCUAGUUAUAAGAUGAUGCUGACAUGAAGUGACAUGUUAUAUCAACAAAUAUUUUGAAUGGCUGCUGAAAUGGUUUUUCCAAUUAUAUCGGUUGGCAAGCGUUUCCAACACCAAUUAAAACAAGACUGGAAAAGUUCUGUUCUAAUAUCCUCAUAAAUCUUUUUAUUAAAAUUGUUCUAUAAUUUUCGUCUAGGUACAUACAGCUUUUAAGCUUAAACCCGUUUUAUUUAAAAGUUGUUGAUUUGUAAUUAAUUGAUGCAUAAUAUAAUAUGUACUAUUAAAAUGCAACGUUCACUUUAGUAAAUAUUAGGUUUAAUAUUCGCAAAGCCACGGUUGUUGUAUUAUAAACGAAUAUAUUAAUAGUCCAAGUUGCUUUAACAGUCCAUGCACUUAUUUAUACACUGGGAUUGCAUUCAGUCACCUGAAUCAUCAUAAAAAUAAAGUAUUUAAGGGCCACAAUCAAGUCUACGAAAUUACCGUUUUAAGGCAGUCUAACAUCUUAAAGUUGUAAUAAAAUCGUCUAUUCGAAUAAAAAUCUGCCAGUUGUGACAGUGUAUACAAAGUCACCUCGUUAACGCACUGACGUCACUGCCAUUUUGCAAAUGAAUUUGCAUAUUUUUUCCACAUACCUAUUUUAUAUUCACAUUAACUGUAAACCAAUCGGCUUAUAAGUCAGUAUUAAUUGUUAAAAAUGCAUAUUUAUUUCUAGUUGUGGUACAUAAAUGUUAAUGUUUAUUUAGUAUUAAAUUAUACAAAGAAAAGAUAAUGUUCUACAUAAUUCUAGAUUAUUUCUAGAAUAUCGAUUUUCCGAAGAAUUUCUUUUAGGUUAGAUUAGAUUAUUCAGAUGUCAAUAGUCAACACCGUCACAACUUUUCAAGGUAAUAUACAAUUUAUUAGGUAUAAUGAAAGUGUUGUUGUAAUAGUUUUCAGAGUAACUAAAUUUGAAAAUAUAACUUAUGUACACAAUGCAAACAAAUACACAGUUGUAGCAGAAAUAAGUAAGCAGCGGGGCUGUCUUACAAAAUUAUUUCUGUACAAGUUGUAGCUCAGGACUUGCAGGAUUUAUUUGGUCGCACCAAGUUGGAAUUUUAAAAAUAUAUUGUUUUACUCACACACAGUAAGGGUUUUAAAACAUAUUGUCUCAAUCAAAACAGCAAAAAAUCACGGAAUUCUUAAGAAGUCUAUUAGUUUUAUGGGUAUUAUAAAAUGUGAAAACGAGAUGCCUUGCGUAUAUUGAGCUUUAUUUUUGUCGCGAUAUUUUUUUUUUAAUUUUGUAUUUUUAUCGUGUGUCUACUAGUUCAUGAAUCUCUACGCUUGAAUAAUUUUUGGAUAUGAUUUUAUUACUUUUUGUCUGUUAUAGUAUGGGACUACUUGAACUAUGAAUGUAUAGGUUGAAAACCUGCAUGUUUUUAUUGGAUAGUGUUCUUGAUUGAUAGAUGCGUGAAACAUUACAAUUAAGAAAACGACUCGUGCGAUAAAAAAAAGCUAUGGCAUGUGAUCCCUCACGAAGCUGAAGGAGUGUCAUGCGUGGGACAAAUAUUACAAACAUUGUUAAUUGUAAUAAUUCAAAUGGCCCCAUCCUAUAAAGAAGCUCUAAUAUGCUAAGUACUAGUCAUUUUUAACAACGCAUUGUCAUUUUAUUUAUAGUGGUCAGUGCAAUUAAUUUUAGCUUCGCCUUACAUGACAUAAUGUGUUCACAAUAUAUACAUUCUUUUCUUAAAAUACAUAUAUUACGUAGUUUGGUAAGCGCGGGUAGGGAUAGAUUGUUUCAUCGCGUCUCACUGUACUUUGUAAUAGAACAAAAAGUAAAGAGGAUAGAUUUCAUACACAGUCAAUAUUAUAAAAAAGUCGAGUGACUUUAUAAUGACGUUGUAUACAAGUAUUUUCAGUUUCGAAGUACAGUAAAACAAGAUGUGUUUGUAAGAAACUGGCCGAUUUUGGAUUAAUCCUAACAAAAAUGUUAACCGUUUAAACGUAAGAUAACUUGAUGUAAAAAUCUUUUGAUGAGUUCACAGUUAUUUUCUUAACAUAUUUAUUGAUAAUGAAAGUAUUCUUGUAAUCUGUCUCAUAAUAGUAAAAGUAAAUAGAGCUCAAAUACUAGAAAUCAUGUCGUUAUAACGUCAAAAAGACAUGAAUAACUUGAGGUAUUUGAGUCCGAAUACUUAGAACGCUUUUUUUCCGUUUUAAGUAUCCAAAAAAACGUUUUUUUUUUUCAAAAUAAUUGCGAACGCAUCAUGAGGUUCCAAAGACACUUGCCGUCCUGUGUAUGUCAUAAUUUCAACUUCAUCGCGUACCCACCUUAUUUGUUGUCCAUUACGUUAUAGCCUGUAUUUAUUAUGUUUUAUAAAACGAUUUAAAAAUA